AUGGAAAAUGCCCUGGAAGAUGAUCAGGUGCUCUUAGCAGAGGCUCAAGCUAAAGAAGCUCUUGACAAACAGCUACACCGUCCUCGGCGGAGUGUUCAAUCCUACCCCAUGCUGACGGCAGGGUUUCUUUGGGAAUCUCACGCUCACAUUGGUGGGUUCGGUUUCACCCUGGCAUAUUCCACAAUUUCUUUUCCGAGCGUGGUGGGCACAGAUAUUAUCUCGGGUUGUCUCCGCUCGCAUUCCUGCACCUCGCCCUCGGACUCCCAAAGUUCUUUCUCAUCAGGCUGCCCGCUCACCGAGGGCGUCCAACGGUCGUCAUUUGCCCCUCACCGGCACGCGCACAACGUCAGUGGCUGGUUCGGACUCGAGACCAACAGAGAAACAACCAGGCUGGCUCGAGCCUUUACGGAUAUUCGCACCGGUGGUCUUGUCCUUUUUAGCGGAAUUAUGGCUCGGAAGGGUAGCCGAAAGGUGAGGACGGGAUGUCUGACCUGCAAAGUACGUAAGAUCAAAUGCGAUGAGAGCCGACCAUCCUGCAAGCGUUGUACUGCGACUGGCCGCAAAUGCGAUGGCUAUCCACACGUCGCCGACUUGACAGAUGUCUCAUCCAGUUCCCCGGGCUCUGGUCCGACAGUGGUCCUGACGGUCCAGCCAAGUCGCGCCUCUCCAGGAGUCAGCUCCCCAAGCGACACCCGCGCUCUGCAGUACUUUGCCGAAGCCGUGGGUCCGCUCCUCUCUGGGGCCGUUGAUCCAUACUUCUGGACGCACAUAGUCAUGCAGUUCAGCACAUUCGAGCCAGCCGUGACGCACUCCAUCCUAGCCAUCAGCGAUCUCUAUGAGCAGUUCCACACCGGGACCGACGAGAUUGUUGCCCCGCGGGACUACAGCUUUGCCGUGCGGCACUACAACGCGGCCAUGAGAGAGCUGAUAGGCAUGAAGACGCAGGACAAGCACCCCACGGUCCUGCUCGUCUGUCUCCUGUUCAUCUGCAUCGAGUUCCUGCAGUCGGGGCGCGAGGCCGCUAUUAAACACUGCAAGCAUGGGGUGGCGCUGCUUCGAAAUACCCACAGCGAGUUCCCCUGGACGAAGGAGCAUCUCCUCCCACUUUUCCGACGCCUCACAGAGUAUUCCUUCUUCUUUAGCGGCGAAAAGGCCGAUUUCCCAGACUUGAGCGGACUGGAACACCCUAUGCCCCCCAGCUUCUCCUCGUUCCAGGACGCUCAGUUGAUGAUUGACGACCUCUACUGCCAAACCCUCCAGCUCAUGAAGCAAGGGUACCCUUUUCGCUCCUUGUCGCCAAGAGGAACUGGCGUUCCUCCGAAAUUACUAGCGCGGCAAGAAUACGUCAAUCAGCUGCUCGAUCGGUGGAACGUCCUGUUUGCCCAGCUGAACAACCAAAGCAAAUACUCAUCCUCGCCAACAACAAAGGCUUCCGCGAAGGAACCGGACUACGUGCCGAAUAUGCUGCGAGGAUUCCUCUCCACUCGAUACGAGUGCUGCCGUAUUUGGCUGAAUAUGGCAUUUACAAACAAUUUGACUGGCUACGAUAAAUACCUGCCAAACUAUAGCCGACUAGCGAAAAACCUUGCCGAAAUGGUUGUCCAAAUCUCCGAGCACACGAAAACGGCAGGCGUGCACGCUAAAACGUCAAAGUUUAUGUUUGAGACUGGGUACACGCCGAUGCUGUUCUUCUUCACGACGACAUGCCGACAGCUGGAAACGCGGCUGGACUUGCUGAGGCUGAUGCCCAUCCUGGGGCUCCCUCGAGAGAACCUGUGGGAAAUGGCGACGCUGGUUGCAGUGGCGCGGAGGGUCAUUGAGCUGGAACACGGCAUUUCGCUGGACCCUGCAGGGCGGCCUCUGGUCCCGGUCUCCCCUUCGGCGCCUCUGCCGCCAAAUGAAAAGAGGGUGGCGGAUAUCUGGACGGAGCCCAGGACCGAAGAGAAGAAUAUGAAUGGUCACAUUGUGCGUGGAAGAGUGGUUGGGUUUUUCAGACGCGAUAAGCCUGACGGUAGUACUUCCCUCCAUACAGAGUUUGUAGAAGUAAGGAACGUUAAAGCGGAGUUGGGCGAGGGCAUUGCGACUGUGGUGGUUCCAUAG